UUGGAGCCGAGGUGGGAGGGGGAGAAGGUUCAGGGAGAGGGAGCAGGGGCAAGCGAGGUUGCAGAGAAAGAAGCAGCCGCACUAGGCAGGCUGGAGCAAUCGCAAGGGUGGGAGCAAGGGAGGGAGAUAGGGCGGGGAAGAGCAGAGGAGCGAGAGGGGAGGAAAGACGAUGACCACGAGCGGGACAAUGGUGAAGGGAGAGAGAGAAGGGAGGCGCAAGAGGAGCAAGAAGGGGUCGGGAAGAGCAGGGAGGUGGGGAGCAGAGGGAAAAGCAACGGAGAUGCGAGCAGAGGGGAAAGCAACGGAGAUGCGAGCAGAGGGGAAAGCAACGGAGAUGCGAGCAGAGGGAAAAGCAACGGAGAUGCGAGCAGAGGGGAAAGCAACGGAGAUGCGAGCAGAGGGGGGGAUCGGAGUGGGGGCUCGUCGGAGGAUCUGCUGGCGGACGUGCAGUCAAGGAUAUGGAUGACUUACCGCUGGGGGUUCCCUCCGCUGCCCUGCGGUGGCGCCUUCACCACUGACACCGGAUGGGGCUGCAUGUUCCGCACGGGGCAGAUGAUGCUGGCGCAGGCUUUGCUCUGCCACCGGUUGGGCCGCCAGUGGAGGCGACAUGUGGGGAGGGAGGAGGAGGCAUACUACGAGGUCCUUCGCCUCUUUGCCGACUCGCCCUCCCCUCUCUCCCCCUUCUCUCUGCACCACCUGGUUCGAGCCGGCGCUAGGCUCGGUGUCAAGGCUGGGGCGUGGCUCGGGCCGUACCGGCUGUGUGUGACGCUCGGGAGUUUGGUUCGGGAGAUGGAGGAGGGGGGAGGGGAGGAAGGGGUGGAGAGAAGGGGGGGGGAAGAGGUGAUUGUGAGGUGUGCGCGGGAGGGCGGACAGAUGUGGAGGGGAGAGGGGGAGGAGGGAGUGGGGUGAACGGAGUUAGGGAGCAGGAAAGAAGUAGGGAAAGGAGGAAUAAGGAGUGUGAGGGCGAGAUGGAGGAUCGAGAGAAAGGGAAUGGUGGGAUGAGAAGAGAAGAAGGAAGUAAGUGUCAUAUUUCUGCAGGUGCGAGGGAGGAAGGCUCAGAAGACCUAUCACGAGACAAAACUCCUACAUCAGCAU